AGUUGGCAAACGGUCAAUUGUUGCACUGGACCGGUUUUCAAUGUUUUCGCGAACUGUAUAGCAUAUGCAUCCCGUCAUUGUUAAUCUCCCUGUUCUACAAUACAGUUCACUGUACGUGUACCAACUAAAAUUAAAAAUGAUUUCAUUUGAAACUCGGAAGUUGCUGUUAAAACUUAUUUUAGUAUCUCUGUACGUGAACUAUAUAACAGCAGGUGUGUUCUGAAUAGUUAACUGUUAUUAACAUUUUUUUUUAACAAACAAUAUUAUUUUUGUAAAUUAUAAUAGGUAUUCAAUUUUUUUUUAGAUUGUGAGAGUAAUAAACAACUAUAUUCCGAGAUAGGAUGUAAACCUAUUUACCAUGAUGGUUCGUCUAAUUGUCCAGUGGCCUACGACUGUGGUAAUUAUUGAUUUAUAUACCUACACCAAGUACAAUUAACUACUUUUAAACCGUAUAGUAAUAUUGAAAUAUAAUUUGUUUUAGAAAAUGUGUUCACGAGAUCAACUAACAAAUGUUACUUGAAUGGGAACGUCUACGAGCCAUUGGCCAGUCUCUCAAAAACUGACGCGGCAUUAAACCCGUGUUUAGCCGCUUGCUUUUGUCAAGAGACACAUACAUAUGACAAGUAUGAUAAGUACACUAAUAUAUUAUAAUAUACCAUGCAUUAGCAUGGUAUAUUAUUGUUAGUUCGAUUUUAUAAUCAGUCGGUGGCUAAUAGUGAUCUCAAUUAUCCGGAUUUGAACAAACCGGAUAUCUAUCUAUAUCUAUUUAUUCGAAAUCGAAUUAUUCGGAUAAUCCAAAUAAUAUUAUAAUAUUUCAACAAUUAUAGUUAUAUUAUUAAUGUUAAACAAUGUAUAUAUCUUUAAAUGAUCAAUUCAUUAUAUAUUAUUGAUGCAAAUGUCAUUUUUGAUAGGGGGCUGAUCCCCUCCCCUAUUUGCACCACUGCAGAUGAUUAAAGACAUUCGAAUUAUUCGGACUAUCCGGAUAAUCCGAAUAAAAUUCAUUUCAAUAUCCGGUUUCGGAUAUCCAAAUUAUUCGGGUUAUAGUGGAAUUCAGAUAUGUCUGACAUCACCAGUAGCUAAGCCCCAGCAUAUUACCCAAAAUAAAUCAUAGCCGCUCCCAAAAAUAUCCAUAUGUAGGUAGAUACUAUUAUAUGUAUAGUACCUACCUACCAUAGCAUUUGCACGUAGGUGCAUAUUAAUAAUUUUGCUUAGAUUUUCAGAUGAUUUUUAACAACUUUUGAAAAAUAAAUUCCUAAACAAUAUUAAAAUUAAUUAAGUUAUGAUUGACAGUUAGGUUUUGUUUACCUCCGAUUCGUAGGAUACCCACUUAAUUUUUUUUUAAUUUACAGUAAUCGUAAAUCGAAUUAUAGAUUGAUAGUUAUACCUAUAAUCGUUAUUAUUAAUAAUAAUUAAUAACUAAUAACACAAUUAAUAGAAUAAUUUUUACAGUAAAACUGUAACUAAAUUUACGUGUGCCAACGUCGAAUGUCCUUCAUAUUUCAAACACUUAAGGGAACCGUGUUAUUAUCAAUACAGCAAAGAUUCAUGCUGUGAAGUCAAAAAGUAUUGCCGUAAGUUCACUCAAUACAAUUAAUUAUACCAAUUCUAUUUUUAAUGCUUGUUACUAUUGGACUAUAGCCGACCCCAAGCAGGUACCUAAUACUCUAUAAAAUGCUAUUGCGCGUGCCUGAUGAUUGUUAUAAUUUAAUAUUCAAUAAUUAUUAGCAAAGAGGUAAAAGUAGAACGUGACGCAACCGUUCUCGUCUUGUAAAUGGUACUUUUUUUACGAAUCCGAAUCACUCGCUUACCGGUCGAUUCAUAAAUACCUAUAUGAUUCCAUAUGUUUAUCCCUUUUGGCUGCACUGUUCCGAAGGUACGUUCGGGAAAAGUUCGUUUUUACUGUCUGACCCUUAAACUAAUUCGGUCCCGUAUGAAAAUGAGUGCAUAGAUGCCAACACGUGUUGUAAAACCUAAUUUUACGAUAUUUACACACAGAAAAUUACAUCAUGUUCUUAAACAUUUUUAAUACUCGCUUACGAUUUUGAAUAUUUUUAAAUUUAAAUCAUUAUGAUUUUUCUAAUGCACCGUAGAGCCCUGUCUAUCGUACGGUCAUAUUAAACCAUUUUAGUUGUACAUGUAAAUAACAACACACAAAUAAAAUAUCUAUAAUUUAAUUGUUUUAUUAAUAUUAUUAUUAAAAGCUUUUUGUUAUUGACUAUUAAGCCCGACAAUUAUAAUUUAUAAUAGUGAUCGAUACAGUACAGAAAAAAAAAAUAAAAAGACAAGUUGUGUAUUUAUUUACAACUUAUUAUUAUUAUUUUUUUUUUUUUGUGGGGGGGUGAAAAGUUGAUUACAUUAUUUAUUUAUAUAAUUAUAUGUAUGGAUAUAAUCAAAAUAUAAAUCAAGCUUUCUGUUCUUAUUUGCUAAAUCAUCGAAUAAAUAUAUUUUUUAGAAUCAUCUACAUCAAUAAUACACUUUAAAUGGUAUUGUAAUAGUACAUACUUAUUAAAUUUUUCAAACGCAUGCUUCUAACUAUUAAAUUUGCAUUUUACUAAAGUCCCAAGACUUCAGUUAAUAAUACCAGCAGCAGAUUUAGCAAAAGCAGCACAUGCUUUAAAAAAAAGCACAAUUUUUUAUUGCCGAGUAAGCUAAACAAGACCAACGUGAUAGCCAAUUAAAUUUAAAUCUACUUGACUGGCCUUUUUAUUUUUAUUGCAAAUUUUGUUAACAACAAGUACAAAAUUUAAAUCAUGUUUUUAAAGAUUAAUUAGAAUUUCAUUUAUUUCAACUGAUGUUAGACUUCUUAAAGUAAAGUAAAACAAGCUGUGUCUUUUAUAUUUCUGUUGUUAAUAUCUGGUGUAAUAAUAAGAGUAUUUGAAGUCACAGAGGAAAUUGAUGAUGUUACGUUAAUUGGCAUAGAAGAUAAAGAUAAAUCGUGUGAAUUCAUCUCGUAUAAAUAAAUAAAUUACUCAUGAAAUAAGUUAUAUGAAAACGAUAUAACGAUUUUGAAAUGAUUGUUUUAAAACAAAACAAAAAUCCCUGGGGGAGUGGAAACCCCCCCCCCCAAACAUAAAUACGCCACUAUCGAUAGUGAUAAGUCACAAUAAUCGGUAGUAAACUCACAACCGUGGUCCCGUAUAAUCAAAUAUUGGUAUUUAUACCAUUGGCAAUCGCGGUAGUACAAAAUAAGCGUACGGACUAGUAUACCCGUAAAUGAGUAACAACUGCAACGUUGCUGUAAAUUGGUCCACCGUAAAUUGGUAUACCGUACAGAAUCUUAAUAGUGAAAAAGGCGCGUACGGAAUAGUUCUUUAACCGGCUGAUUGGUCUACUAUUGAGUUACCCCGGUACCUGAGACCUAUACGCCCGUCCACGGUCCACAUAGUAUGCAAACCCACAGCACACACGGUUCAAUUAUCAUAAUAUGUGAUGUUUUCAAACAUCACAUAAUAUUGAACACACAACCACGCCGUACACAAUAUUUUGAAAAUGGAUAUUUCCCACCAUACUCACUUAUUAAAAUUAAAAUUUAAUCGUCAGUGAAGUUUAUUUUGAAAAUAAUUAUUUUAGUUUAAAAAAUAACACCGUCGUAAUGUUUUAUCCCGAUUUUGUUAUCCCUCCCAACGUAUCUACGUUUACUUCACACAUGUCAAACUGAAAACUGAGAAUAACAUAAUAUUAGAUGGGUAAAGAAAUAAUUUAAAUUUCAGUAUCUCCAUCUCGUCGAACAUUAAAAACAUGAAAGUCCACACUCUCUCUGUUUUCCGUGUACAUUGUAUGCGAUGUAUUUGCAUGUGCUGCGUGUCGGGUUUGCGUUGAUAUUAUUUGGACGCGCCUUGAGGAGGUUGGACUCGGUGAUUUUCUGUCUUUUUCUUGCCCACGUGCAACAUAGGAAUUUAGAUAUAUUCUAUUUCCAACGUACCGAUUGGUCUAGUGAAGUGAUACGAAUUCUGUAAACAGAUUUAAAUUUUCCGUCAAAUAUUACUUGAAAUCGACUUUUCCACACUUUUUAUUUUAUGCCCCUAAAUCCUAGAAAAAAAGGAGUAAUUUAAAAAAUGGAAUACUUUUUAAUUUUUGGAGAAAUUUAAAUUUAAAAUUUAAAAAAAUAGGAAAGUCGAUUUCAAAUAUCUACACUUGACAAAUUCAAAUUUGAUUUCAGAAUUCUCAUCGCUUCACUAAACCAAUCGAUGCAUUGGAAGUAGAACACGUCUAAAUUCUUAUGUUUCCUUAAGUCCUAACACUAUUUCCGGUAGACUUCAACAGUCUAACGUUCCGAGGUUCAGGUGGUUGGUAGAGUAGCCAUGUGUUGUAUGUACGGUUGAGGAGACAAUGUAGGACUCAGAGGCCGUGCCAAAGGUACCCAUAACUAUACCUAUAUAACAAUUCUUAUAACAUCAUUUAAUUUUUAGCCGAAGAAAAGGCGAUCGUUCACGAAUGCACUUAUAAUGGAAACACGUACAAAAACGGGGAACGAUUCCACGUUGGUGAUUUUCUACAAUGUGUAUGUACACCGGAAUUUGAUGGUAAUAACCUAUUUUUAUUUAAUUUUACAGGAAUCAUUUUUAAAAAAAAAAAAUAAUAAAAACAUAUAUUAUCUUACGAGUAAAAUACUAAAAACAGUUUAUAAUAUACCUAGUCAACAUGAAAUAUCUGUUAGUAAGAACAAACUUUUAUUAUAGGUCUCUUGUCUAAAGUUGGAUAAUAACUGCUAGUUAUUGACUAUAAUCUUAUUAAACUAGAUAGUUAAAGUUAUAAUAAACUACCUAUUUUUUUUUUUUUUUUUUUACAACGUUUGUUACACGGAACCACGAUUUUAUAUCUACUUGGAACCGAUAUUGUAACCAUGGAACCUUGGGCGCCCGGAAAGGGAGACAAGAGACGGGAAAUCUGUCCCCCCUGGACUUCAAAAUUUCAAAUAUAAUUUUAAUAAUAAUAAUAAUAAUUGAUUACUAUCAUUUUAUUUUAACUUACUUGGUGUUUGAUUUUAUUAUGCCCCUCCCUGAUAAAUUCCCUUCCAUGCAUAGAAAGAUACAUUUUUUUAACCAAAUAAUUAAUGGAAAUGGAAUUAACAAUGUUGUAAAUAAUUUUUUUUUUUUCAAAUUUGGUUCUUAAAAAAAAAAUCAGUACCAGAUCUUAAAAUUACAAAAUUAAUCUUUUUUUAUUUUACUAGGUAACUGUUCUUAAUGUUCAUAUUAGUCAUAUAUUAUUGAUGUCUGAAACUUGUAUAGUCUAUAGGUAUAGACAAUAAUUAUUAUAAAUAUUUAUUACUUAAAUAAAUAAAAUAGGAUUUGGAAAACUUAAUAAUUUUUUACCAACAAAUAUCGGUACUAGUUUUGGUGUUUAAAAAAAUCAAAAAACAGUUCUAGUUCCAAUAUUUUCAAAAGGUUCUAAUUAGAAUAUAUGUAUUUUGUAUGUUGGUUUAAAGUCCUAAUUGUGUUGAUCUUUUUUUUUUUUAAAUUUUGAUUGUAGUUUUCUUAAUUAUCUAUAAGUGUAGAAAAAGAAACUGACUAACUGACUUAUCUAUCAACACACAGCCUAAUUCACUACGGUUAGAAAUGUACACAUUCACUAAAGGCUUUUUUUCAAAACCCGUCCCCUAAAGGGUCAAAAGUUUAUUGCAUUGAGUAAAUUCAUACUAUUAUUAAAAAUGAGUUUAUAUUUUGUUUCAACAAAGUGACCAAUUAACAUUUACAUAGUGCUAGUUAGAGGACUGGAAAGUGACAGGCUACUUUUCAAAAAUAUAACAUUUCUUUGGGAAACCCAUCUCAUCCCCAAUUUUUAAAAAUGUGUAAGUCUGGAAUGUUUUAUUCAUGAAAUUGUUCAUGCAUCUUUAGAUACAGCUUAAUGAGAACUACUGACCUCUUUCCUAAUCCCAUCCUCAAACCUACCUUUGAUUAAAAAAAUCAUCCUCAAAAAACAAACAAAAUAUGUUUGUAACCUGAUCUACAGGAUCUUAGGAAUUCAUAAAUGUUCUAAAAUAAUCUGUCUAGUUAUAACUAAUAAAUUAUUUAUGAUUAUUACUUACUUCCAACAUUAUUAAACAAUAUUUUUAAACUUAGGUAAUGCCAUUGAUAAAUCGUGUAGAAAAUUAGGUUGCAAGUAUGAAAUUCUUUAUAUGGAAAAUAUUUUAAAACGAAAUGCUCCUGUUUAUUUUGAAAAAGUAGAUGGAUGCGUAAACGAAUGGUAUGAUGGUAAGUUGAAUAUUGGCUCAUUGUCAUUAUUUAUUUGAUAAAUAUUAAAAAUAAUAUACACAUAUUUAUUCAUAUAUUCUAGCCAAAUACAAUACUGUUGUUGAAAUAACUCCUUCUGGUAAAUCCAGUAACUAUGAAUGCAAAUAUGGAGACCAUAGUUUAUCAUUAGGUCAACAAUUAACCAUUACCCAGCAAACAGACUCAGACACAUACAAUACAACAUGCUCUUGUAAUAUUCCUCCUUUAGUUACUUGUGUAAAAGUAAGAAAAUAAAUGUUACUAUAAUAUAUAAGUACAUUAUAAAUACAAAUAUUUUACAUAUAGAUUAGUUAAAAUUGAAUUGUAAUUUAUAAAAUUGUGAACUACUUUUAUUUUUUUAUUUCUUUAGUAUUGUAUUUCAAAACUUCAAUUAAAAAAUGUAUUUAACUAAAAGAUAUUUAAUAAAAUAAUAAAUAUUAUGUAACAAUGUAAUACUAUAUUAUGACAUGAUUUUUAUUUUAUUAAAUAUUAACCGUUUAUAAAAUCAAGAUUAUAGAAAAAUCAUUGUUGACUAAAAAAGAUGGUUUUUUUUCACAGAGAAAUCAUCCUUUAAUAUUAGAAACUAUCCCAUUUGAUGAUUAGAAAGUGGAUUUUUAUGUAAUACUCAUAGAUAAAUUAUUUACAUAAGAUAUGGAUCUUCUAAAAUACUUUAUAAACAAAAUAACAAACAAUUUAUUAUUAAUUGUAUAAUUUAAUUAUAUUUGUUUCAUAAUUAAAUAAUUAAUACUGAAAUACAUAUGAACACAUAAAAUUUGAUAUGAGAAGUAUAAUUUUAUUAUUGAAGGUUGCAAUAGUGAAUAUUUGUUAAAGCGAUUAACAAAGAGAUCCUUAUGCUAUCUUAGCUAAAUAGUUUGUGAAUACUAAAUCUAAAAAGGAACAUUGUGAAAUAUUGCACUAUAUAAUAAAAAUACUAUUUAAAAAUAUCAAACAAAUUUUACAGGGUGUUGAUAAAUAAUAUGUUACACGCCUGUGAAAAAAAAAGGGUCUUAAUGAAAUGUACAUUUUUUCAAUAAUUUUACUUGAGCCUUUGAGUAACACUUGCGAGUGCAACAGCAAACGCUUGGACGGCUGAAAAGGGGUAUUGAAAGUCUAGAGCAAAAUUAUUACGAUCAAUACGUCCAAACUGCAUCACUUGUAUACCGUCAUAUUCGACUUGAAAAUUUUUAGCAGACUCUUGAGUAACACGGCCUCCAAAGUCUAACUGAUAGACUUGAGUUAGAUCAUUCCAGAUAGGUGCUUUGUUCUGCAUAACAAAUUGCUGUCUUUUGGUACACAUAUCAAUCUAAAAUUACAAUAGUAGGACAUAAAUGUAUAAUCAAUUUUAUUGAUUUUAUUUUACAAACUUUAUUUUUUAUUUGAGAUUUUUGAAAUGUUUCUAAAUUUUGAAAAUCUGGUUCAAUUUGUGUUCUAAGAACUUUACGGAAGAAUAGUGGUGAGUUCAUUAACCUUUUUCUAUAAAUAAAUAAAAUUAAAUACUGAAGUACAAGAAUAAGCAUAAUUAAUAAAACUAAUUUACCUAAUAGCUGAUGGUGAACUACUUUUCUUUUUGGCUGCAACUGGACUAGUAGGCAAACUAUGAGCAAAUGUCUCGGAUACCUUAGAGUCUUCCACCACUCUGGAUACAGCUAUUUUAGGAUUUGAUGAUCCCACACUACAGCUGCGCCGUCUUUGAAGAUGUUUUGGGGUUAAAGAAUCAUCAUCUAGUGAUUGUCCAUCUCCAACAAUAGACAAAGUCAUUUGGCGAGGUUGUAAAUGUAAAAUGGACGUACGGUACGAAACUCUGCCUAACUUUUUAGUCAAAUCAUCACACACUCCUCGAAUAUGAAAUUUUGUGCCCCAGACAUUUGCUGUGACUUCUGCCAAACGAUAAUCCUACAUAAUCGUAAAAUUGUUAAAAAAUUUUAUUUUAUUAAUGAUUAAUGAUUCCAUUUAAAUACUUCUGGUAACACAUCAGUAUAACAAUUUAACUGUAAUUUCCGAUUACAACAAGCAGGUCUUGAUCUAUGCCUAUUUUUUCGAUGAAGUUUAGGACUAGAGCAAGUUUCAGGCUCAGAGUCAUCCCAACCAAAAUUACUGUAACUUAUCUGUGCAUUAGCAUAUGUCAUAUCUA